AUGUCGGAACCGAUUAAGAAAAAGAACGGUGACAUUUCCAAAGCACCUACUCCUCAAAACACGCCAGCCAGUGUCACCAACUCAUAUUUGAAGCUGCAACCGCCAACAGUGCCAACGAUUGAAGAAGGCAAUGAGAACAAGAUCAAUCAAACAUUGGCCAAUAACCCAGUAUUGUUGUCGAUGAUUCAGGGUAAAUUGGGUGAUUUGGUGGGGAAAAGCAGUGGCUAUGUUGCUAACUUGCCUUCAGCGGUGAAGAAUAGAAUUUAUGGAUUGAAGUCAAUACAACAACAACAAAUGAAACUAGAGGCUGAGUUUCAGAAGGAGUUGUUGGAGUUAGAAAAGAGGUAUUUCAAGAAAUAUGAGCCACUUUAUGCCAAGAGAAAGGAGGUUAUUGUUGGGGAUGUUGAACCUAGUGAGAAAGAGAUUGAAGAAGGAAAAGCACUUGAAGAGAAAGAUGAUGAUGAUGAUGAAGAGGAGGAAGAUGAAGAAGAGGAGGAGGAGGGUAAAGAACAAGAUCAGGAAGAUGGUAAAGACGCCAAGGGUAUUCCUGGAUUCUGGUUAACUGCUUUGGAAAACUUAUCCACAGUAUCCGAAACCAUCACCGAUAGAGAUUCGGAAAUCUUGGAACAUUUAAUCGACAUUCGUAUGCAAUACUUAUCAACCCCAGGAUUUGAGUUAAUUUUUGAGUUUGGCGAAGGUGGUAAUGACUAUUUCUCGAAUUCAAUCUUGACUAAAACAUACCAUUAUCAGGCUGAGUUGGGAUACAGUGGAGAUUUCGUUUAUGACCAUGCCACUGGAUGUGAAAUCAGUUGGAAAUCAAAGGAGAAGAAUCCAACAAUAAACAUCGAAAGAAGAAAACAAAGAAAUAAGACAACUAAACAAACUAGAACCAUUGAAAAGAUAACCCCAACUGAGUCGUUUUUCAAUUUCUUUGAUCCACCAAAGCCACCUAAAGUUGACCAUGAGGAUGAUGAUGAUGAAGAGCACAAUCAUAAGGAAGGUGACAACGAAAAUGUCGAUGAUGAAGAAGAAGACGAAGAAGACGAAGAUUUAGAAGCUAGAUUGGAGUUGGAUUACCAAUUGGGAGAAGAAAUCAAAGAUCGUUUGAUUCCAAGAGCAGUUGACUGGUUUACUGGUGAUGCCGUUGAUUUUGCUUAUCCUGAUGAAUUUGAUGGCGAUGAAGACGAAGAGUUUUCCGAUGAGGAUGGUGAAGACGACGACGAUGAUGAAGAUGACGAUGAUGAGGAUGGUGAUAAUAGUGGACAAGGUGAAAAGCAGCCACCAGCUGAAUGUAAACAACAAUAA